AUGGCCUUUGGGUGGAGCGAAGCAGCCGAGGAGGGCGUCGAGGUGUCGUGGAGCGGGGCUCUGUGUGUGGUGACGGGCAAGGAGGUGCGCAAGGUCGACGAUACGCGAUCUGGGGCAGAAAAGGCUCUGACUCAGCUACUCUCAUUCUUCUCGCUGAUGGUCAACGGGGUCCGCGCGGUGUGGGGCUCGUACGCCCCGUUCUUUGACGUCGUUUAUGCUCCGCCAGGCUCGGCCACUGCCGACGUCGAGGCCACGGCGAUGCUCUCGGCCGUGGCCGUCUCGUUCUCGUCCGAGGACGCUGCUGCCGAAGCUGCUGCAGACUAUGUGGUCGGCCGCGAGUACCGGUGCUGGAUCGAUGACGCCGAGCUGCAUCACGUGGUCAUGAUCAACGACCGCCCGCCAUCGGCUUGGGUCCGCUCGCUCGGCUGCUUCCGCGCGUUCUUUGUUGUUGUUCUCCCGGUCUACGCCUGCCUCGAGCUGGCGGUGUACAUGGCGGCGCCUGUUCACGACCUGCGGCACGAUACGGCAGCCAAGGUGACAUGA